AGCAUUGUCUCACUCAGUUUGAAGGAAGGCUCCGAAUAUCAGGAUGUGAAUUAAAUCUAGCGCACGCUCUUGCGCUCGGAAAGCUCUGCCAGUUCAAACAACUUUACAAGAACCACGCGCCUCGUGCCUCCGUCUAAAUGGACCGUCUGUUGGAAUGGUUUACCUGAGGAAUAUCGUGGAGUGAAAGAAGACUUACUUGGAAAAAAAGACAGUGUGCCGAGGAUAAUUCAGAUGGAAUGUAAUUAAGAGUAGAAUGCAAACAACUUCUCCGAAACACAAGGAGGAAGGAAACUACUGAGGUCGCUUCUGCUGUGAGAGGCCAGACCCGUAGCGAGGCCCUGGAGCCCGAUACGGAGAUGUCGGGCCGGGAGAAGGAUGGCGAGAGGGACCAGAUUGGCAACCUGGUGCCGCCCGACGUGGUGGAGGUGCUGGCGCUGGACCGGCAUGGCGGGAAAGGAAAACGCCGGAAGAAGCGCGGGGGCUCGCUGCGGAGGGCCUUCAGCUGGCUACGGAGGGGCAAGAGAGCCAAGAGUGCCUAUGCCAGCCGCCACGGCAACGACCUGCUCAGCCCAGAGACGCCCGUGCCCCUGCCCCAACCCAACCCCAAAGCAGCUUCACAUGAGGACAAUGCUGCAGUGCUGGUCCCUCAUCUCUUCCAGGACAAUGUGUUUGCGGAGGGUGGGAGCCGGCAUAAGUAUGUGGAGGACCUCCACUCUGAGGCACUGCAGGGGCUUAAGCUAAAGCAGCUGGAAGAAAACAAAAUGGACACUGACUAUGCUGACACCCAGAGUGUAAUUAGUGGUGUAACCUCUCAGAAUGAAGGGGGCAGCUGCAGUGAGAGGAGGAAAUCGAUUGGAUCGGAAAGCACGGCGACCGACACCAUGUCAACAGUAUCGACGCAGUCCACCAUCUCCUCCAGGUCCACUCGCUCUGCACUCUCUCGCCAAGGGUCCACGUUCACGCCUCUUAACCUCGGGAAAAAGGAGAGGCCAAAGGGGAGGAGGAGACACAGGCGGACCACGGUCAUGGGAAUACCUCGUCACGUCCAGAAAGAACUGGGGUUAGACCGAGCACUGUGGACUGCGUACCAGAGAUCACAGGAACCCGUACCCACUGAGGACUUCACAGACAUGCCUGGCAUCACGGUGACCGCAACACCAGCUCCCGACGGACCGGUGCCAAGCACUGCGCGCCCACAGCAGCAGAAGGCCUCAGGCCAGCCGCCACAGAGGCCCAAAGACGACCUGGCACUCAUCCAGAGCGCGCUGCCACCCCAGAGCUCCUCCACACAGAGACCCAUGUCACUGGCUGUACCGUGGGCGACCACAGCAAACGCGGCAGCAGGAGGAGAAGGUGGAGGAGGAGGAGGAGGAGGCUCUCUCCAGCCCCCAUCCAGCCCGGUGAUGUACAUCUCCCCGCAGGGCAUGUACCUGUCCAAGCUCAUCCCCAACGCCGUGCUGCCGCCGUCCGUGGACGUGGUGGAGAUCAACCGCAACCGCAGCCGCAACAGCGUGCGCACCGUCAGCAAGUGCAGCCUGGCCUCGGCCAGCCCUGCCCCGUCGCGCACCUCCUCCCGGGCCUCCUCCAAACGCCACUACCCUCGCCCCUCCGAGAGCUCCAGCAGCGCGUGGAGCCGCUCCGACUCCUCGGAGACGCUGGUGUCCGACUCGUCCACCAUCUCCAGCAGCAGCACGGCGCGCGCUCCCAGCAGCGGCCGCGACAGCGUGGUGGAGGCCAGGCCAGCCAAGGCACCAGGGGGUGAUGCCAGGCCCAACGGCCAGGUCAAGACCAUGAUGAUGAUGACGACGACGACGGCAGAUGGGGACCAGUCGAUUGGGCAGUUCACACGGAGCUUGUCUGUGAUGAAACGCACCAAGAAACCGCCACCCCCGAGUCGGUCGUACUCGCUGCACAAGGACAAGAUGAAGCGCCGGUCGAGGGAUUUGGCCGAGGCGAAGAUCGACUUUUCUGGAGUGACCCCCAAAAGCGGGAAAGAGAGGGUGCAUGGAGAGAGUCCGGGAUACUCAGCGGAUGAGUCGGCCGUGGAGGAGUCGUUCAGCUCCGGGGCACCGAGUCCACCCAGCGCUCAACACCAGGCAAGCAGAGGCGGUGGAAACUCUGUUCCCUCCCAACCUCUGAACCUACUCGCCCUUGAGAAAGGACUCAAGAGAAAUUUGUCUCCCUCCAGUGGCUACUCUAGUCAUAACGGAACUCCACACCUCAAAGAGCUUCACCUUCACUCUGCUGGAGCUGCCGACCAAAAACAGGUCAAAAGUGAGCUGAUGGGUCUUUCCCCCAACAACACCAAGCCUGCCAUCCUGGCUUUAAAGGCUCUCUUUGAAAUCCCAAAACACCCUAAAAUAACAGCUCCCCCUCCUCCCCCUCCAGAGGCUUGGGCUCACAACCAGCGCACCUUCGUCCUUCUGUGUGGCCCCGGCCCGGCGAACAUCAAGUUUGCAACUCCCCCCAGCCCCAAGCAGUCCCCACAGCCAGCGCCGCAGGUCAAAGGGGAGAUUCCGUCUGCUGAAGUUCCCUCGGCUUUAUCAGGAGAUAACUGGCAACAUGCUGCUACAGAGCAGGCCUCUUCCUCAGUCAGCAAAACGCCUAUUCCAGCACAGCCCAAUAACCCAAGUCUCAUGCAGGAGCUACUGAAAGCUCAGCAAAGUCACGAUAAGCGGGAUCAUUGUCAAGCGGCUGAUGUUCCAGCGGGCCCACCCCUUUCUCCCCCUCUCCCUCCCCCUCCUCCGGACAUGCUCCUGGAUCCAGCGCUGGAUGAGGCCGACCUACCACCUCCGCCGCCUCUCUUCUCACCUACGUCUCCCAAGGCAACGCCAUACCAGGCUAUGCCACUAGGCAUCCCCCCUCCGCCUCUGCAGCCUCCUCCCCCGCCACCUCAACAUGCCCCACCUCCUCCUCCUGUGGCUGUACCUCCUCCUCCACCUGUGACUGUUCCUCCUCCUCCACCUGUAACUGUUCCUCCUCCUCCACCUGUGACUGUACCUCCUCCUCCUCCUCCAUCAGCAGAAGUACCUGCCCCAGUAGCAGUACCUCCACCCAAGGAAGACGCGCCCCAUGUGCCGCAGCCUCCUCCCGCGCCCGACAUCCCCAAGCCCCCUCCACUGCCAGCCGACUUCAAGACGCAACCUCCACCAGUGGCUUUCAAAAGCUUGAGAAAAGUUCCUCCCCCUCAGAAAAAGGAACCCCCAAAACCCAUUGACGACUCUCCAGUUGUCACGCCAUCUAUUUUACAGAAAGUCCGACUCAGGUCUAUAAAGAACCCCCAACCCAAACCGGAGCCCAGCGCCACUGAGGUGACAGUUGCUGAACCCACGGAGCAAAAACCUACGGCGGCAAGUCACAUGGCGCCACCAAAGCCAAUCAGGAGGUCGCUGUUAUUGGCAGAGCCGCCACCUGAUGUUGCUGCUGUGAUUGCUGAAGAAGCGAAAUCAUCUCCGUCUGAUGCACCUCAACAAGCGUCCGAAGCCGAGGCUGCAGUUAAGAAUUCCCCAUCAGACAUAACAGUUGUGAAGUCUCAAUCAGAGCAACCCGCUGUAACACCUCAACUUGAUUCAACAGAUACAGACUCAAAAUCGGAAGUUGCAGAUUCAAAGCCUCAGCCUGAACCACAAUCGGAAGUCGCAGAAUCAAAACCUCCUCCUGAACCAACUGCUUCAGUGUCAAACUUGGAACCGAGUAAGCUGGAAUCACAACCAGAAGCAGUAAUUCCAGACACCAAAACGGACCAGUCAAAUACUGAAUCGGAACAACCCUCGUCUGCACUUGAUUCCCAAGCACCUGUCAAGAGUGAACCAGAAGCUACUGUUUCAAAGCCUGAACCAGAGCAAGUAGCUCCUAAGCCAGAACAGGUUUCGGCACCGGAAAUCUCUGAACCAGAACAAACCAAGGAACCAUCUCAUCCGGAACCACCCACAGUAGACUCUCUCUCUUCAACAGAUCAAAAACUUCAACCCAACUCUGUAGAAGUGGUCACAGAAGAAGUCGCUCCAAAUAUUAAAGCACCAGAGUGUAAAUCCGAUGCAGAGGUUCCCAUCGCUAAAACAAGUGAGAAACCGCAGUGUGACACUUCAGUGACCACAGAACAAGUGGCUCCAAGUUCUAAAGUGACCACAGAACAAGUGGCUCCAAGUUCUAAACCACAAGAAGUGGAAGCUGAGUGUAAAUCAGAUGCAGAGGGUUCUGCAGCUACAACAGAACAAACAAGACCUGAAACAGAACCUCUCAUUUCAAAGCCAGAGCCAGAGCAAAUUUCAGAAUCACCUCCGUUAGAACCAAGUCUACCACCUGCUGCAUCAGACACUGUGACUUCCACACCUGAUCAAGAAUCGAAUUUGCCUGUCAAUCAAGCAAAAAAUCAAACCGAUGUAUCAAAGUCUGACACUGAACCACCAGUCUCAACUGAUCCACCUGAACUGAAUGCAACAGAAACAAAAGCAGACAUUCCUUCGUUGCCUUCAGAAUCAGAACCAGUAUCAACAGUUUCAAAGUCCGAACCAGAAUCUGUUGUGUCGCAGGUAUUGCCAACAACAAAAACGGAAUCGAAUCCUGAACCUGCACUGAGCGGGUCGACAUCUGAAUCCGUAUCGAAGCCUAAACCUGAAACAAAGUCUGAAUCCGUAUCUGAGGCUACAGCGUCGCCACCAAAGACCACCACACCAGCUCCAACAGCAUCAAUAACAUCAGCAUCAUCAACAGUAGCCUCUAAGCCAACCAUCACAGUGUCGGCACCACUUGCAAGCAGCACCACAUCAAAUACCCAGACAAACAAGCCUGCGUCACCAACAUCCCUGACUGCAAAGUCUCCUCCCGUGUCGGCAGCCUCGCCCUCCAUGAGGCUUCAGGAGGCCAUCCGCCAGAGGGCUGCGGCCCGAUCCGCUACCGACGGCCCGGCCAAGCGCCUCAGCCUGCAUUCCCCCCCGGCCAGUGUGACCAGCGGGGCCCUCAAGUCCCCCACCAGCACAGCCAGCUUCAUCUUCUCCAAGAGCAACAAGAAAGUCGUCAGCGAAACGUCGACAGUUCCACAGGUGCAGCCUGCCGCGAAAAAGACCCCUCCGGCUCAGACAGAGCCGGCAGCUGCUGCACCCAGUCAGCCCAAGCCGGGCGAUGGGCUGAAAAACUCGAAGGUCCCCCCACCUGUCGCGAGCAAGCCGAGACCAAAGAUGCAGAGUCAGAAGAAUGGACUGCACAAUCCGUCCACGGAAGAGAGCAUUGCUGCAGAGGUGCAGACUGCUGGUCAGAGUGCACCUUCGGAGGACACGAGAAAUACAGCAUGAGAGGGCCACCCCUGCUAUCUGACCCUGCCACAAUCAGCCAAUGAAAGUCAGGCAUCAUUUUGUUUUUUAUGCUAUGCAUAUCUUUUAAAUAUUUGGGCACAUGAUGUUUCCAGUAUGCUUUCUUAAUGAUUUCUAUAUACAGUUCGUUUAAUUCCUUUGUGCAGCCAUUUGGCCCAAAAUAAUCUGGACUACUACAAGCAGAUGGGAGAAUGAAUGGAGCUGCAUGUCAAUACUUAAGAAUGAGAAGACCAGACAAGUUGGAAAUAGUUUGUUUUCUUUUCUUAUUAUUACAAUAUAUAUGUAUUAUGUAAUCUUAAAUUGAAAUGUCUCUUUAAUAUAUAUAAAGUCACUUUUAUGAAUAUGCACUAUACUCUACUUUAAAUUUUCACCAAAUUGAAUAUUAUUCUUGAAGAUGCAAUAUUGACCAAAAAAAGAGCAAGUUGAUUAUAAUGUACCUUAAGUUAUUGUCUUCAUGGCAGAAAACGGCAAUAUAUGGAAAUAACCUUUCCUUCUGUUAAUUUGUUUUUCCAUUUAGUGUUUUAGUUGUUCCUUGGUUAAAUUCACAUUAGACGUCGAAAGGGUAGGCUGUUUUAUCUGCAGUUGUUUUGUACUUGUACUCGUUUGUAUUCAAGGUCAAGCUGCUUUUGAAAAUUAUGUCACCAUCUUAUUCUGUUGUUUUUUUUUAAUUGCCGCUGUCAAACUUGUUACAUGAGUGUUUCUUCUUCUUUCAGUUGUGUUGAUUGUUCAUCACAAUAAAUUGCGUACGUGUCA